GUUUGUGGCGUCAUAGCCGGCUGGGUGUACGCGCGUUUGGGUGGCGGGCUUGCUGCAGCGGCAGAGGCUGCCCUGGGGUGUGGGGAGCAGCCGCAGCAGGAAGGAGGGGCUGCAGCGUCUCCCCGGACGGGGCGGGGGCUUGGAAUCCCGUCCAGCAUGUGGCGCGAGCCUCGCUGAAGAAGAGCAGCGGCUCACCUGGAGCGAGGUUCUGUGAUCAUUCAGCCUGGGAGGAACAGCGGUGUGUCACCCGUGGAAAACAAAUUAAGGCAACAUGGAUAUCUCGAUUCUACAGUUAUAUUGAACAAGUACAGAAUUUGGUACUAGUUAUCCUAGGAUUUUUAGCUUUUCAUUGGAAACCUAGAAAGAUGGGAAAAUAAAGCUGCCUUUAAGAAAUGCAAAAUACCAUGCUCUCACCCAAGAAAACAACAGCCCGCUCCUGCUGUCAUAAGGGCUGCAAGUGAAGACGACACUCUAUUUUGGUCCUUCAUCAAGGCUUUGCUGUGAUCAAACAGUGAAAAGAGGCGUCUUCCCCAUGACAACAUGUCAGCAAAAGAUAUCAGCCCCCGCCAUGGUGCAAAAUCCCGCACUGUGCAGCGGGCCUCAACUAUUGAUGUCACGACUGACAUGUUAGAUUUGUCUCUGGCAGGUAAUAGCCAAGAUCCGGAUGAGCCAAUCUUAGAAUUCAGUUUAGCUUGCAGCGAGCUCCUUACCCCAUCGCUAGAUAGAAAGCCAAAUAGUUUUGUAGCAGUGAGUGUAACUACACCACCUCAGGCAUUCUGGACAAAGCAUGCUCAGACAGAGAUUAUUGAGGGAACAAGCAACCCUAUCUUUCUAAGCAGUAUUGCCUUUUUUCAAGACUCUCUUAUUAACCAGAUGACACAAAUAAAACUUUCUGUAUAUGAUGUUAAAGAUAGAUCUCAGGGAACUAUGUAUCUAUUGGGUUCUGUGAUGUUCACUGUAAAGCAGCUACUUAAGGAAAGGAACCAUAGGUUGCAUUUAACACUAAGAUCUGCUGAAAGUGAUCGUGUUGGUAACAUUACAGUCAUAGGAUGGCAAGUGGAAGAAAAAACAGACCAAAGGCCUCCAGUUACCAGGUCUCCUGACACCAUCAAUGGAAGGACUGUGCUGUCAGUUGAUGAAAGUUUAACAGAAUCUUUAGGAAUCCGAUCCAAAUAUGCUUCAUUACGGAAAGACGUGUUGUUAAAAUCCGUGUUUGGAGGGGCCAUUUGUCGGAUGUAUCGCUUCCCCACCACUGAUGGGAACCACCUUCGGAUCUUGGAGCAAAUGGCAGAGAGUGUGCUCUCCCUACACAUUCCCAGGCAGUUUGUGAAGCUGCUACUUGAGGAAGAUGCUGCCAGGGUUUGUGAACUUGAAGAACUGGGAGAGCUGUCCCCUUGUUGGGAAAGUCUUCGUCGGCAAAUAGUUACUCAGUACCAAACGAUCAUUCUAACGUACCAGGAAAACCUCACAAAUCUUCACCAGUACAAAGGUCCAUCGUUCAAAGCAAGUAGCCUGAAAGCUGACAAAAAGCUGGAAUUUGUGCCCACAAAUUUACACAUACAGCGAAUGAGAGUCCAAGAUGAUGCAGGAUCAGAUCAGAACUAUGAUAUUGUAACUAUAGGAGCACCAGCAGCUCACUGUCAAGGCUUUAAGUCUGGGGGCCUGCGGAAAAAGCUGCACAAAUUUGAAGAUGCCAAGAAACAGAAGAUUCAGUCCAAAACCACGAAGAUUAGAGCCAGUUUAUGGAAAGAGUUUGACAGAAGAAGGUUUUCCCAUUUUUUCAGCCACACUUCGACCAAUACCCAGUCAAUAGUGUACAUACCACAAGAUAUUAUCCGAGCAAAGGAGAUUAUUGCACAGAUCAAUACCUUGAAAACUCAAGUUAGUUACUACGCAGAAAGACUCUCCAGAGCUGCCAAGGACAGAUCCGCCAAUGGGCUUGAAAGAACACUUGCCAUUCUGGCAGAUAAGACACGGCAGCUUGUCACCGUCUGCGACUGCAAACUGCUGGCAAAUUCAAUACAUGCGCUGAAUGCUGCAAGACCAGAUUAUAUAGCUUCAAAGGCCUCUCCAACCUCUGUAGAGGAAGAGCAAGUGGUGCUGAGGAAUGACCAAGAUACCCUGGUGGCCAGGUGGACAGGAAGAAAUAGCCGAUCUUCUCUACAAGUGGACUGGCAUGAAGAAGAAUGGGAAAAAGUCUGGGUGAAUGUUGACAAAAGUCUUGAAUGCAUUAUCCAGAGGGUGGACAAACUCCUCCAGAAAGAGCGUUUGCAUAGUGACAGCUGUGAAGACGUUUUUCAGUGUGACACCAGCUGUUCUAGCAAGAAAGGUAAACGGGAUACCCGUGCGUACUGGAUAAAGCCACACACCUCAACAUCUUCUUCAUCCCCAUCAUCUUCAUCCAUACCAUCCUCUGCAUGCCAUUGUCCCCAAGACACAAAUUGCAGUCCCACUCCUGAAGAGACUGGCCCAGGUGAAUGGAGUGAGGCCCUUUACCCAUUGCUGACAACACUCACAGACUGCGUAGCCAUGAUGAGUGACAAGGCAAAGAAAGCGAUGGUCUUUCUCUUGAUGCAAGAUAGUGCCCCAACAAUAGCUCUUUGCUUGAGCCUUCAGUACCGACGGGAUGUUGUCUUUUGCCAAACUCUCACAGCCCUUAUCUGUGGCUUCAUUAUCAAGCUGAGGAACUGCCUGCAUGAUAAUGGAUUUCUGAGGCAGCUCUACACCAUUGGUCUGCUGGCACAGUUUGAAAGCCUUCUGAGCACUUAUGGUGAAGAGCUGGCAAUGCUAGAGGAUAUGAGUGUUGGGAUAAUGGACUUGAGGAAUGUAACGUUUAAAGUAACUCAGGCCACAUCAAAUGCAUCUGCUGACAUGCUACCAGUCAUUACAGGAAAUCGGGAUGGGUUCAAUGUGAGAAUUCCGCUGCCAAGCACCUUGUUUGAUGCACUGCCCCGUGAAAUUCAGAGUGGCAUGUUACUGAGAGUUCAGCCUGUUCUCUUCAAUGUGGGGAUAAAUGAACAACAAACCUUAGCAGAGAAGUUUGGAGACACCUCUUUACAAGAAGUGAUUAACAUGGAAAGCUUAGUGCGGUUGAAUUCCUACUUCGAGCAGUUCAAAGAAGUUUUGCCUGAAGACUGUCUACCUCGAUCUCGUAGUCAAACGUGCCUGCCUGAACUGUUACGGUUUCUUGGACAGAAUGUACAUGCAAGGAAAAAUAAGAAUGUUGAUAUUCUUUGGCAAGCUGCUGAGAUUUGCCGCAGACUCAAUGGUGUUCGGUUUACAAGCUGUAAAAGUGCCAAGGAUAGGACUGCCAUGUCAGUGACUCUAGAGCAGUGUCUAAUAUUGCAGCAUGAACAUGGAAUGGCCCCACAGGUCUUCACACAAGCUCUGGAAUGCAUGAGAAGUGAGGGUUGUCGAAGAGAAAAUACAAUGAAGAAUGUUGGAUGUCGCAAGUAUGCAUUUAAUUCCCUGCAGCUGAAGGCUUUCCCCAAGUAUUACAGGCCUCCUGAAGGAACUUAUGGAAAAGUUGAAUCAUAAGAUUACUCUGUCCUGUAAUUAGUUGUUCCGUUAAAAAGAAAUGUGGAUACACUCAAUUUUAGUAUAUGAACUUUGACAACAGUCAGAAACAAUUUUUUGUACGUUUCACUAGUUAAUACCAAGCAUGUACUUUUAUUAAAUUGGAUUCCAUAGGAAAAAUAUUAUUUACUGACCCCUUAUAACAUGAAAAUGUGAUGACCGUCUGCUCAUGUAACUAGCCAUCAGUGUAUGUAAGAUGCCUGUUCCACUGAUUUCUUACUUAUAUGCCUAAAUAAGAAAGGUAAUUCCUGGACUGUUGAUGAUUUUAUGAAUGAAGUUUAAGCAGCUGUUUCACACAUCUUUUUAUACUGAUUUGAUUUGAGAUUAAGACUUUCAUAUAAUACUUUUUUAAAAAACCUCAGACUUUGUAAAUAGUAAAUGAAUUGGAUGUGAGGCAGUUUGAUAAGUUACAAGCAGCAUUGUUAUGCAGGAGAAGCUAAAACUCAGUUUUUAAGACAGUGCAGCACAGUAAUAUAAAUGCCAGGACCUUAAAAUGUUUUCCUUUAUGUAGGACACUAUCAUGUAAGUGGUGUGUACUAUACAGCAUCAGGAAUUGACACAAAGCCCAGAUCAAAAACUGGACUGGACCCAUGAUUCUUUCAGUUGUCUUUAGAAAUUUUACAAUUCUAUACCUUUGAAAAGUAGGCUCAAGGAAGAGAGAGUUGCACAUGGCAAAAUAGUUAAUGUGACUAGUAGUGCUCUGGGCAGAGGACUCAAAAGACAAGGUACACAUUCUUAACUGGCUGGCAUUGUAAAUUAGAUACAAAAGUGCAUUCUGGUUUGGCCUCUGAAGUGCCAAGGAGGCUGAGUCCUCUGCAUAUCUGCAUCAUCAGAGGCAUCCAACCUAUUUCAGUUUGCACCUCUUUCUGUUUAUAUCCGUCAGCUUACUGCACACAGCAAUGCCAUUCAGUGGAAUACAAAUAUUCAGAAGCUCUCUCUCUCUCUUUUCAUGCACAAGAUGAUAUUAUACAACUUCACUUGUGGAAGCAGCUGUUCGAUGUUUGCAAGCCUUUUGCCAAGUAUGCUUGCUGGAUUUACAGCCUGGUUCUAGGACUGAAUUAGAUGCACUUUAACCAUUUGGAAUUGGUGGUUCCUUACUUUCCUCUCUGUCUUCAGCCUUUCAAAUAUGUUUACUGUAUUAUAUUUAACUUUUACUAGGAGUAAACCCAUUGAUAUUAAAGGCCAUGACUAACUUAGACCCAUUAAUUUCAGUGAGUCUACUCCCCAUAAUAGUUAAAUACAGCCCAUAGGUAAUGAAAACUAUGAAGUACAUAAGGGAUUCCUACUUUCAGAUCAUUGAUUUAAACAAAAGCCAAAUGUUUCUCAUGACCCCAUAAUUCAUUGAUGAUAAGGCUACGCACUGAACUGGUAUGGGUGUAACACUAAACCAUAGUUCAGUGUUAUGUGAAUGAGCUUUAGGCUCACACCUCCGUAAUUACAACUCUGAUGAGGAGUGGGAACUUCUUUUUAAACCAGAUGCAGUUUAUUGUUAUCAGGGGUGCCAACUUGAAUAAAAUAUUGGGGGCCCAGGCAAAUCCUACCCCACAUAAUUGAUCACGUGACAUGGCACAUGCACACCAUUUGAAUGGCAAUACCCAUCAACUUUGGGAGGGCCCAGCC